GCUUGAUCCAUCAGCUUCAUUUCACUUUCCUACACCUCCACCCUCGAGUCUUCCAACAUUGUUGAAGCUUCGGAAGAAUCGCCAUUGUCACGCGAUAUCGUUGCGACUCUCUAAAAUUACGUACCGUUGUCAUCUGCAUCAGCGCACCACGUCGCGUCUGCAACCGCAUCAACCAUGCCCGAGGAGAUUAAGGAAGGCGACCAGGUCAGCUGGCAGUGGAGCGGUGGCCGCCCAGGCGGUGAAGCAGCCGAAGUCAAGGAGCAAGGGGAGAUGAAAAUUACUACCAAGAAAGGCAACGAGGUCAAGAAAAACGCCGACCCAGAGAACCCAGCCGUCAAGAUCAAGCGCAGCGGCCAAGACGUGGUGAAGAAGGCUUCCGAGCUCGACGUCGAAGAAUCAAGCGGCAAGAAGGACGGCGGCGACGGCAAGACUGACGAGAAGGAUGAGCCGAACGGUGAGAAGGAAGAUGAGGAGAAGGAAGCACAGGCUGGCGACAAGCGCAAGGCUGACGACAAGGAGGCUGAGGAGCCCAAGGAGAACGGCGAGAAGGCACCACCAAAGAAGAAGGGCCGACCAGCGAAGAAGGAAGCCAACGGCGACAAGGCUCCUAAGGCUAAGGCUGAGCCGAAGAAGAAGCGUGAGCCGAAGAAGGCUGCGACGGAGUCCGGCGAGCCACGUCGGUCUGGUCGGCACGCCUCGAAGUAGAGGCUUCAACCGUAGCCUAGCCCUAUGCGUGAGCAGGCAUUUCCAGUGUCUUAGCAAGUGGCGCAGCGAGUAUCCGCGGCUUCGGAGAAGCUCUCUGCGGAGGGUUACCGAAGCGCGUGCGCAUUUAUCGGAAGGUAGGAGGACUGCGAGGUUCGCAGGUGGGUGUGCUUGUCUCGAACGGGUGAAUGUGUGCACUGGGACUGUACAGUAGCAUUGGAUUUGGGGAGUUCUAUGCAGUUUAUGUCAUGACUGACUAUGGACAUGUCCGUAGCAGAAUUUCCUAUACACCCUACCACUGAGUAAAAG